AUGGGAAUUAUAUUUCCAACGAAGAUUAGACGAAUUUGUACUCUUUAUAAUGAAUCAUCAGCUCGAGUAGUUGUUAUUGGUCUUGAUUCAUCUGGCAAAACAACAUUAGUACAACGAUUUAAAAAUUUAGUUGAUUUACAAUUUAAUUUAAAUGCAUCUUUUAUUCAACAUUUUAUCACAGAACCAACAUUUGUUUAUCAAGUUGAAACUAUUUAUCCACGUCUUGCACCAUUAGCACUUACCCUGUGGGAUUUAGGUGGAGAAGAAAAAACAAGAACACUAUGGCGAUUUUAUUUAACAGGAGUGCAAGGUGUCGUAUUUGUGAUUGAUUGUGAUGAUAAAGAACGAAUAGCACUUGCCAGAGAAGAACUUUUAAAGUUAUCAAAGCAAAUAGGCCACUCAUCUUCUAUUCCAAUUAUUAUCGCUGCUAAUAAACAAGAUAUAAUAAAAUCUUUAUGUAAAGAAGAACUUAUUUUUGCAUUAUCAUUACCAAAAAUUACAUCAAAUGAAUGGAAAGUGUUUGAAAUGAGUGCGCAGACUGGAGGUGGUGUUAUGGAAAUGUUUUGUCAUUUAUCUGAAACUAUUCAUAAACAUCAAUAA